AUGGUUAUGAACACUGCACUGCGCAUCUCUUACGUUAUGCCUUCUAUCCUUAGCUUCACCGAUCUCAACAUCACUGAGUCUGCUGCUCUUACCGGCAUGGAGCCCAAGUACGGCAGUACAACAGGAAGCUUUAGCACAGCCACAGCGGUGUACUGGGUCCAGCAUAAAUGGAUGGGGCUUUACAUCGCCUCACUUGUCGUGAUGAGCACAUGUUCAGUUGCUGCCAUCGUUCUUAGGCUUAUAAUUCGCGCCCCAGACUUCCUCACAAACGUCGCCGGCUUGACUCGCGACUCUCCGUAUAUCAACGUCCCUCUAGGGGGAAGUACCUUGGAUGGCAAGGAAAUGUCACGUUUACUCAGGAAUCGGCAGCUCAAGAUCGUCGACGUGCACCCUGAAAAGGAUGUUGGGCACAUCGCCUUUGCUGAUGACAUCGGUCAGAUGGCAACCAAGAGGUUCGGAAUGGUGGACAGGGUGUAUGCCUAG